AUGCAGUUCACUGCGAGCUUCGUGUCCGAGGAAUCCGGCGAUUUCAAAGCUAAUCUUUUCCUCAGUUAUGAAUCCGGUAUUAAGAAACUUUGUCUAUCCUUAACGACGUGCAUAUUAUCGGCAGGGGAGAAACUCUGCUUAUUGCUGCAGUGUUCCUCGGCGAAUUGCACGAUACGCAUUGACAGGAAUAGCGUCAGAAUGGAGGACACUUAUUUGGGCCUGUCCAGAAGCAAGGUUCUGACGAUUCACAAUAGAAGCGACUACAUAGUCAAGUUCCAAUGGAUGUGCUUCAGGGACAAGAAUAACGAUGCACAGCGACGGGACGAGUACGGAAGACUCUUUCAGCUGGUGCGCGAUAUGGAGGCGGUGCGACGCGUCGGUCUCGUUCAUUACAAUAUUUGCCUGCCAGAUACCCACGAGCUCGUCUGCCAGCGGAUUUACACGGACGAGAUUGCUUCGUUGAUGAAUGAGGGCUUCCGCUACAAUCACGCGUCCUUCCUCCUCACGCCCGAGGAGGGUGAAAUUUGGCCGCGCUCUUGCACCGAUAUUACGGUAAUCUUUCGGCCAACGGGGGUAGGGGAAAUAUCGAGCGUCGCUUAUCUCGAAGUCACGGGCCGCGAGGACAGGAUACCACUAAGCCUUCAUGGAAUCGGCAAGGGACCGCUUCUUCGUCUCAAUGUAAUCACGAUAGACCUGAACAACAUUUACUUGUGUUCCGUGCAUAACUACGAGAUCGUGGCAGCAAAUAAAGGACAUAUCAACGGCACAUUAGUUUACAAAGAGAGACCGACGGACUUCGGUGGCACUGUUAACAUUACUCCGCCUUGUCUGACGUUGAUACCGAACGAGUACAAGUCGUUCAAUUUGUCAUAUUCUUCAAAUCGAAAAGGGGAUUUUAUGGAGCGAAUCGACUUCGUCGUUGAAGAGAGUUCGGAAGUGUUAUCCUUAUAUAUCAAGGGAUGUAUCGUGUGCCCGACGUUGCAUUUCGACAAGAACAGCCUCGAUUUCGGCACGGUCGCGUUAGGGUUCAGCAAAAGGCACGAGGUUUAUCUUCGUAACUUGUCUUUGAUACCGAUCUCGUUCGGCGCGACCAUAAUGGAGGACGGCGAUCAGACGCCGUUGACUCACGAAGAGUUCGCCAGAUCCGAAGCCCGGAUGAGUUUUCCGACGAAUCCUCGCGAGUUCACCAUUAUCCCGCAGAAGGGAGUAAUACAGGCGCACAGUUCGCUUAAGUUAAAAGUGACAUAUACAGCGAACGUGGUUCGAAGUGGACAAUCAACCGUUCGCGUUGACGUGUGGGACUCGGACUCGGAUCCAGUGUUACUACCCAUCUUAUUUUGCGGCGCCAUUCCCGCCUUAUCGAUCACGCCAGCAGAGAUCCACAUUCGAUUCUCAUUCCUCAACUUUCCCUAUUCACGUUCUAUUAACGUGGAAAACAACUCCGACCUGGACGGAUACUUUUACAUAGCACCACAAGCGAUAUCCGAAGAUAUCCCGAUGGUAUACUCGAUGUCGUCUCAUCAAGGCUUCCUGAAAGCGCGUCAGUCGAAGAAGAUCGACAUCACGGUGAUCACGAAAGUUUUAGGCAAACAGCAAGUUACGCUGAACAUGCUGACGAUGGGUGAACAGGCACCAGUCACAUCCUGCAUGAUCAUUUGUAACGGCCAAGGACCGGUGGUGUCCGUGGAGCCUAUCUACCUCGAUUUUGGGGAUAUCCCGGUACUUCAGGAGCGAGUCACUUAUUUUCGUAUGAUCAACGACGCACCGAUACCGGCGCAAUUCAAGUUCACGCCAGAUAAGAAAAAUGCACCGUGGCUCGUUAAUCCAAUCUCUGGCGAACUUGGGCCGAAUGAAUCUGCGGAGUUCGAAGUGAAAAUAUUUCUACGUGAUCCCGGUAAAUACGUCGGCGCUGUAAUCACGCAGAUCACGAAUAGCCGGUCGAUUCUUAUUAGCGUGAUUGCGAGUGGCAUCGGUUGUAGCGUCACCUUCGAGCCGCAGAUAUAUCCAAUGUUCGACAUGGGUUUUCUCUUUAGUCGUCAAAGUCACAGUCUACCGAUAACGAUCAAGAAUCUCAGCACUCAUCGUCACCAAAUAAUAUGGACGAACGAUCCAGAAGUACGCGUUCAAAGGGGCCACGUCUUACCAACUAGCAAGUUCCAAGUCGAGCCGGCUAUUGUAGACGUGCUAGCCGGCGGUUUUAAAGUGGUGCAUUGCAAAAUAUGUUGGGACGCGGAUGAAGUCUUGACGGAAGAUUGGUAUAUAUUCGGGCAAACACAGGGACAAAAAAAGCGGAAAUUGUUCGGCACUACUACAUUUAAGGCGACUUUUAUAGAGCCACGGAUCUCGUUCAACAAGAGAGUGUUAACGUUUCGCAUCGAUAUAUGUCCCGACGAGGAAAAGUUAGAACAAGCAGGUAAGAAAUGGUAUACGAUCUUGUCCGGGACUGUUCCAGCGAAGAAAACUGAAAAGUUAGGCAAUCUAAUACAUCAGCAGGAUAAAUAA